AUGGGAGAGCUGGGCACCAUGCAGGUUAAGAUAAUCUCAAGAGACAUCAUCAAACCCUCCUCUGCAACUCCUCCACACCUCCGAAAUUACAAGCUUUCUAUAAUGGAUCAGCUCAGUAGUAGCAACUAUGUUCCCUCAGUUCUGUUUUACUCCAACAAUAUUAAUGUCCCGCUCAACAACAUAUCUCAUCCACUCAAGAAAUCCCUAUCUGAAACCUUGACCCUCUACUACCCUUUCGCCGGAAUUCUCAAAGAUGAUGGAGUCUCCAUUGAUUGCAACGACGAGGGUGUCGAGUUUUUGGAAGCUCAAAUCCAUUGCCAACUCUCUGAUAUUCUCAAUCCACCUAAGUUUGAGGCUAUACAGUUGAUGUUUCCCAGGAGUUUGCUGGAAAACAACUCAGAUGAGGGUGGUCAUAGUCUAGUGGUCAUUCAGGUGACUCACUUCACUUGCGGAGGAAUAGCUAUUGGGAUGUGCAUGUCACACAAAAUAGGGGACGGUUCAACCGGGACCACCUUCUUAAAUGACUGGGCCACCAUGGCACGUCAGUCCGGUGAACUAGUACCAUCCCCUCAUUUCAUUUCAUCAUCAUCCUCCACAGACCAUCCGGUAGUUGUGCGCGAAAUCAAGGUGGGGAAAGAAACUUGUGUCACUAGGAGGUUUGUGUUUGAUGCCCCAAAGUUAGCUGAACUCAAGGCUAUGAUCAUUUCUCAAUCUUCAGCCAAAAAAAUUGAAAAUCCCAGCAGAACCGAAGUUGUGACUGCACUGCUCUAUAAAUGUGCCAUGGCUGCUGCUGCAUCAAUUGCAAACUCGCCUAAUUCUACUUUCAAGCCGUCCAUUUUGAGCCAAUCCACAAACAUGCGUCCGAAAAUGGUCCCUCCGUUGGCAGAAAAUUCUACUGGGAAUUUUGUAUGGUACUUUACGAUCUCAGUAACAGAUGGGAAGGAUGCAAAUUUGCAUGGAUUGGUGACUCAAUUGAGGGAAAAUAGGACACAAUUCUACAAUAAGUACGCGAAAAAUGUUACAGUGAAUGACUGGUUGUUAGUGGUACCAGAGUUUUUCAAGGAGGCAAACGAGCUAUAUGAAAUCAAAAGUACCAGUAGUAAUAAUGUUGAUAUUUAUAUGAGUAGCAGCAAGUGUAGGCUCCCGUUUUACAAAGUGGAUUUUGGUUGGGGGAAGCCAAUUUGGGUAUCUGGUGGUGGAUCAAUUGUGUAUAAGAAUAUAUUUUCUUUGGUGGAUUCAAAUAAAGAGGGAGGAAUAGAAGCAUGGGUUUCGCUGGGUGAGAAGGAGAUGUCAGUAUUUGAACGUGAUGAGGAGCUACUUUCUUUUGCCGAAUUGAAUCCAAGUGUUCUGGACACUGACUUGAUCUUCGCCGCAAAUAUCAUGUAUUAG